GCUCAGAUUAUUCAGAAACAAACAUGGAGCAAUGAAAAAAAAAUUAUUGUCCAUUUUGGGGAGACUUCAGCCGGAAUCUUCCUCUCCCCAUGAAUCUGCCAGUAUCCGACUAAUGGUUCUCAUAAGGAACGUCACGAACAAUAUAUAAACUCACAUAUAUACUGAUAAAUACAAUUGACAGAAUUAUAGAAUGUUAACUGGAUUAGGACUAUUGUGUUUUUAAACAAACACUGUUUUGUCAGAGUUCAUGGAAUUUUAUAAAAACAAACAGUGUAUUUGAGACUCAGUGGCGAAUUAAAGGGAAACAGACUUUUACGAACAACGGAGGAAACAGAAUUUACUAUUAGACCCCGCCAUGGCGCACACAAUGCCUGAGGAAGUUCGUAAAAAAAAAUGUUAAAAUAACAAAUGAAGUGAGUUAAAUAAAUAAUAUUUUCUUGAGGGAAAUUAGUCAAAUGAUAUGAAGAACGUAUCUAACUAAAUAAAACAAAAACUAAUAGAUCAGUUGAUGAAAUUCGAUAAUAUUGAUCGUUAUUGAUAAUAUUUCAAUUUAUUUUCCGUCUCUAGUGUGGUUGGAGGGGGGAGGUAAAUAAAUUUUCCAUCUACAAAAUAUAUUUUUGAAAUCGUUAUCAAGAUAUGGAAAAUUUCAGUAAUACUGCAUUUAAUUAUUUAAAAAGCAAUGUUAAAGAAAUUGUUAUAAUAAUUACCAAAUAAAUACUUGUCCAACUAGCUGAGUUUGAUGUUGGCAAUGCUGUGGAUUUGAAUUAUUGCGGGUUCUGUCCUGUUGCUGUUCAAUUUUGUUUUAAUAAUGGAAAUACCGUGCACCCCAAAAUCGAGUUAUAAAGGAGAAAAUAAUAGUGGGAAUUUCUCUCCACUUCUAUUGCCACAAACACCAGCAAUGACCAAAUUAGGAUUCGGAACAAGUGUGAGUGUCUACCAUCUUCAUAGAUCGCCACGAUUUGGUAAUGAGCGUUCUCCUUGGGCCAUAAAAAAACGAAAUACUAGAGCUCAAAGAAAGAUCAUUUCAGAAAGACUGUACAAGGAGGCCAAAAUUUUGAGUUCUUUGAACCAUCCAAAUAUUGUAGGAUUCCGUGGCUUCAUCACUAUACCUGAUGGCAGAGAGGUUCUGUUAAUGGAAGAAUGCACUCAAUCCUUAGGUGAUUUAAUUGAAAGUUUUUGCAACAGUUAUGAUGCCUUAUCUCCUUCCACAAUUUAUCAAGUUGUAGCAAGCAUUAGUCGAGCCCUUCAAUAUCUACAUGAAGAUGAAAAAUUAAUUCAUGGAGAUAUUAAAUCAUUCAAUAUAUUAAUAAAAGGGCAACUAAAUUCUAUCAAGUUAUGUGACUUUGGGGUGAGUUUAAAUAUUGGUGAAGAUGGGACCUCAGAUGAGGAAUAUAUCGGAACAUUACCUUGGACAGCUCCAGAAGCAUUAGAAGAUGGACCUAUCACAGAAAAAGUUGAUAUUUUCGCUUUCGGGCUCACAAUUUAUGAAAUGCUUACACUGAAAUCACCACAUGUGGAUAGUUUUGAUGAAUCCUUAAUGGACUUGACUGGUAAAUCAGAACUGUUGGACGAUUCUGUAGAAGAACCUUAUGGGACUCGUCCUGAAUUACCUUCUUUGGGUGCUGAAUACAAUGACAUAGUCGCUCUAUUUAAUUGGUGCACUGAAGAGGAUUAUAAAAAAAGACCCAGAGCAAGAGAUAUGUUAAGUGCUUUGAUUACUUAAAUACAACACUGUUCACGAACAAUUUCAUUUUAAUCAAAACCUUAUUAAAAAGGACAUGGUUAAAAAAAAAAUUAGAAUAUUAAAAAUAUUUCUACUAAUAACAUAGGGCAAUGGUAGCUAUGACUUUUUUUAUCUUAAAUCAGUUAAGGAAAAAACUAAUAAAUAAAAUGUGACGGAGGCUAGGUUUUGGAUUUAAUACACGAUUUUGUUAUACUUUCUAGCCGUCAUCAUAAACUCUCCUGCAUUGUUUUGUUCUUUAUGCCCUUUUUGGGUCAUUAAGUGUUACCUUUGUGAUGCAUAUGCAGUUGAGUUUCACCAGUUCCCUGUAAAAAAAAUAGAUUAUGAUGAUGGAUUGGGACUGCUGCUGUGAUUUGCAAUUUAUAUGUGUAAAUAAUGAUACAUCAUCAUUUAAUAAAAAAAAAAAAAAGAAAUUUUAUACUGUUGACUGAAUAUUAUAAAUUUUAAUUGUAUGGGUAUUAAAUAUCGUUUGUUACUAUGAUUCAGUAUGUUGAAUGUUAUCAUAUAAAAAUUUAUGAGAAAAUAUAUAUAUAUUUUGGGUA